GCCAAGUAACUGCAAUUUAAAAAGCUCCGUUUUUGCUCUGCUUUUGUUCAGCUUAGAAAAAUAUACUCUGUUCUUCAGUAGUUUCAAUGGCAAAGCCAGUGUCAAUUGAAGUGUGGAACCCAAGUGGGAAAUACCGAGUUGUUAGCACUAAAUCCAUGCCUGGAACUCGCUGGAUUAACCUCUUAAUCGAGCAAGAUUGCCGCCUCGAAAUAUGUACGGAGAAGAAAACAAUUUUGUCUGUUGAGGAUAUCGUUGCUUUGAUUGGCGAUAAGUGCGAUGGCGUGAUUGGACAGUUAACUGAAGACUGGGGGGAGACUUUGUUUGCGGCCUUAAGCAGAGCAGGAGGCACAGCCUUUAGCAACAUGGCUGUUGGUUACAACAAUGUUGAUGUUAAUGCUGCCAACAAGUAUGGUGUUGCAGUUGGUAAUACUCCUGGCGUACUCACAGAAACGACAGCAGAGCUAGCCGCUUCUCUUUCUUUAGCAGCUGCUCGAAGAAUUGUCGAAGCGGAUGAGUUCAUGAGGGCAGGCUUAUAUGAUGGAUGGCUCCCUCAUCUGUUUGUGGGAAACUUGCUUAAAGGGCAGACAGUUGGUGUAAUUGGAGCUGGUCGUAUUGGAUCUGCAUAUGCCAGAAUGAUGGUUGAAGGGUUCAAAAUGAACUUAAUUUACUAUGACCUCUACCAAGCUACACGGCUAGAGAAGUUUGUCACAGCUUAUGGUGAGUUCUUGAAAGCCAAUGGAGAGAAACCUGUUUAUUGGAAAAGAGCAUCAACAAUGGAUGAGGUGCUCCGGGAGGCAGAUGUGAUAAGUCUUCACCCGAUCUUGGAUAAAACAACCUACCAUCUGGUUAACAAGGAAAGACUUGCAAUGAUGAAGAAGGAAGCAAUCCUUGUAAACUGUAGCAGGGGACCUGUGAUAGAUGAAGUAGCUGUCGUUGAACAUCUGAAGCAAAAUCCUAUGUUCCGAGUUGGUCUUGAUGUCUUUGAGGAUGAACCUUACAUGAAACCUGGGCUUGCUGAUAUGAAGAAUGCUGUCAUCGUACCACACAUUGCUUCUGCUUCCAAGUGGACUCGUGAGGGAAUGGCAACAUUAGCUGCUCUCAAUGUCUUGGGCAAGAUCAAGCGAUACCCAGUAUGGGGCGAUCCAAAUCGAGUAGGACCCUUCUUGAAUGAGAACGUUCCACCUCCUGCUGCAUGUCCAAGCAUCGUCAAUUCAAAAGCAUUAGGUUUACCCGUUUCCAAGCUAUAAGAACAGAUGGCUGGUCCUAUUCGCAGUUGGAGUAGUGUGUCUUAGUGGAUGUGAGAGAACAUGGGGCUCUUAGUUAGCUUGGCAAUGGCAGCCGUGUAUAUUUUGCCUAUGAAGAGUACUCUUUGUAUGCACUGCAUAUUGCUGUCUUGUAAGAACAGCUUUAUCAUUUCAUCAAAUAUAUAUAUAUCACUUUGAAGUUUGAACGCAUGGAUUUGAUCAGUUUUUAUCAUACAAUUUAAACUCAUAUUCAUAAA